AUGACUUCCAAUACAGCAAAAGUAGGCUUGAUGCCUGCUCCAUCUGGAGUGACGGCAGAUUUCAGUGGCGACAGGAGCGACCUCCAAAGCAGGAUCAUUGUGGUCUAUCUGACCAUGAUGGUGAUUUCGACUCUUGUCCUUGGAUUGCGACUGUAUACUCGCAUCUUCAUUCGGAGUAUGACGGGACUAGAUGAUGCGCUUGUUGUUCUCAGUUGGAUGGGGUGUAUUGCAUGGCUGGUAGUCUGCUUCCAGUCGUUUCAGUAUGGCUUUGGUCAGCAUCUCUGGAACGUGACGCCAGAACAAAUGAUGAAUUACAGCAAGAUGCUCGUUGGCAUCAUGGUAGUAUACGUUUGGACGCCUGCGUUAGCAAAGCUGUCUCUGCUGGCACUGUACCAUCGUCUGAAUCCUGAUCGCAAGAUUCGAUCGUGCAUCUAUGCACUGGCAGUGUUGAUCAUCGGAUACUCUCUCGCCAUCACCAUCGUUGCAGCUGGCCCUUGCAAUCCACAGACACACCUCGAUCAAAAGUGCUUGACAGACCUGAACCUUUUCAUGGCAAUCAUCAACAUCCUUACAGAUGCUAUGAUUCUCUGUCUUCCGAUUCCGAUGCUACACGCACUCAUGCUUCCGAUGAAGCAAAAGGUGCUACUUGGACUGGUAUUUGCGCUUGGUUCCGGGGUAAUCGUCAUAUCCACUGUUCGUAUCAUUUACGUCUACAACUACAUUAGCAAUCCGGAUGCGACAUACUACCAAGCCGCGGCUUGCAUUUUUUCAACAGUAGAACUCAACGGGGGCGUAAUAUGCGCAUGUAUCGCUCUGUUGAAGCCUUUCCUCCAGAAGCACUUGCCCUGGAUGUUGUCAUUUUCAAGCCAUAAUGGAAGCCAAGGAGGAAGUCGCAGAUUCAAAUUCUUUGGGAAACGAAGUGGCGAGAAUAGCUACGAGCUACAAGGCGCCGGUGCGGAUAAGAAUGCGCCAGAUCAGGUUGGCAAGACGGGAGGAAGAAUCGCAGUGACUCGGUCUUACAGCGUUCAGGGAUCGAAGACUGACAAAACUGACGGUGACAGCAUGGAAGACCUUUUUACGCCAGUCUCAGAUUCUAGUACCUGGAAAUCAGCUAGAUAA